AUAUACUUUGGGAUAGGAAGUGAACGUGGCAGUUGAGAGUUCUUUCCCCUCCCUCUGCUGAUGGUGAGCCACCAGCAUAUAUGCUGGUCUUUGUUUCUUUUUUUUUUUUUUUUUAAGAAAAUGGCUGUAGGGCUCUAGGAAUCUGACUUUUCUCCUCUCUGCAAGGACUGUAUGUGGUCACGUAUGACCAAGGUAAAGAAAUGGCUUGUCCCAAACAUUGUACUAAAAGGAACUGUCCGGCUUAGCUGUUUUUUGCGAAAGGCAUAGUUGAGUUAAUUUAGGCUGCACUGUCUCCCGGCAAAAUGCUUUACUUGACUGUUGUCAAAUGUAUUUUGCAUUUUUAUACAGGUAAGAUUUCUCUGGACUGGUCCAUCUGGAACCUUCAGCUCCGAAAUCGGCACGUUCUGAGCACACUCUUUUCUGCCCCGAUUAUUAAACUCAGGUGUCUCUAGUCCCACCCAAGCAGACUCCUCUGCUGUGUCUUUCACCUUCCUGUUUUCGUUGUUUAAAGUGAACGUUUGGAGCAUGGUAAUAAUCUGCCAAGAAUUCAACAGCACUUGGGCUUGGGAGAUGGAAAAAAAAGGAUACCUAGAAAUGAGUGUUGAGUGCAAACUGGGGAUUCUGAAGUAUCUCUGCGAAUGUCAGUUUGAUGACAAUCUAAAGUUUAAGAAUAUAAUUAACGAGGAGGAUGCUGACGCCAUGCGUCUGCAGCCCAUUGGUCGAGACAAGGAUGGCCUGAUGUAUUGGUAUCAGCUGGAUCAAGAGCAUAAUGUCAGGAUGUACAUAGAGGAACAGGAUGACCAGGACGGAUCCACGUGGAAGUGCAUUGUUAGAAACCGCAAUGAGCUUGCCGAGACCCUCGAGCUCUUGAAAGCGCAAAUUGAUCCUGCCCUGUUGAAAAACAACAAUUCUCAGCAGGAGAAUUCAUCACGUGAAAGCCCGAGCUUAGAAGAGGAAGACACCAAGAAGGGUGAAGAACCAUCUACACAAGAAAAUCAAUUAAAAAUCAAAGAAGAAAAAGAGGAGGUGGAGGAACAGUCAGUGGAAUUGGAAGGCCUUCCUCUUCCUGUGGUCAAAGACGAUGAAAAUGUGCUGAAAAUGGAGAAAGUGGAAGAAAAAGACAUUAUAAAAUUACCAGUAAUAGUAAAAUUAGAGAAACCUUCAGAAUACAAUGACGAAAAGCAAACCGUCAAAGAAGAAAGUGACUCCUUUAAAGAAAACGUCAAGCCCGUUAAAGUAGAGGUGAAGGAAAAUAAAAUAGAAGCAAAAGACUUGAAAGAAGUAAAAAGUACGGACAAAAUAGCAGUUCAUGAGCCGGAGAGGUUAGAAUUUUGUGUUAAUGUCAAAACUCCACAAGAAAUUGUGGAGAAAUCUGUGGAGGAAAGUGAGAAACUUAAAAAUGACCAGCAGGCAAAAAUACCGCUUAAAAAGCGAGAGAUCAAGCUGACGGAUGACUAUGACAGUCCUAUAAAGGGGCCCCUGUGUAAAUGUGUUACUCCAACAAAAGAUGUCUUGAAGGAAGAAGGGAAGCCAGAAGAAGAAGCUUUUAAGAGAGUCCCUACAAUUACUGCUUUAUGUCCUGAUGGGAAGGUACUGGUAAAUGGAGAGGUUAGCUGUGAAAAAAUAACCCCAAGUGUCAUACAAAAUAAUAAGUCAGAACACUCUGCUAGCACAAAGGAAGACAGCGGCUCGUUAAAAGAGAGAAAUGGGAAAAGUGGGGAAAAGGUAUCAGACUCCCUAAAGGUAUCCGACUCUGUCAGUAAAAUUAUAAAAGCUUGCGAGGUGGAGAAAAAUGCGGUACCUGUGGUGAAAGAGAUAGGGGCUGUGGUCUCUGAGGUUUCUAAUCAGAAAGUGCCUUUAAAGGAGGAAUCUAGUCCUGUGGAAAAAGAGUCCCUUGACAGAAUAACAGCUGAAACGGUAGCGGAAGAGUCUUCUAACCCUGAGGACUGUGCCAAAACAACCGAAGAGAAGCUAGCCAUGAAAAUCAAAAAGGACGGACUACCGUCCCCCAAAGAAUGCUUAGAGAAGCUAGAGAAGUCCACAAAUGCAUCUGCUCCUGCAGAACUGCCCGCGCUUGCACUAUCUGAGGAAGAGACUUUGAAAAGUAAAGGCGAGUCUGAGGAGAAACCUCAUUCUCCGAAAGCUGCUGAGACACCCCCUUCAUCUACAUCUCCCGUUACUUUAGAGAAGCCUGUUUUGGAAAAGGAGGGCUCUGACAGUAAAAUGGCUCUACUGGAAGAGAGCAAAGUAGAAGAAAAAUCCAGCCCUGAAAAACAAGAGGAAGAGCCGGAAGCUGCCAAGACAGAACCAGAGACAUCAGAUGAUGCCCAUCCUUCUAACCUAGAGGACUCCUCAGAGGGUAAAAAGGAAUCUCCGCUACCCAAGAGCAAAUUUAAAUAUAAACUAGUUUCUGAAGAAGAAAGCUGUGCCACAGAUAAUAAAGAAAUAACUUCUGAAAGGCAGAAAGAAGGCAUUAAAUUAACAAUCAGGAUCUCCAGUCGGAAGAGGAAGACAGAAACACCGCCAGAAGAGGUCAGCAUUGGCCGCACAUUAAGGCGAUCUCCAAGAAUAUCCAAGCCUAGUCCAAAAGUUGUGGAGACUCGAGAUCAGAAACCUGACAAAAAACGACCUGAAGAGGAAGAGGAGAAACCUGCAGCAGCGCAAAAACCGGAACGAAAAGAAGAUGCAAAAAAACAAGAGAAGGAGUCAAAUUCUAAGGUGAACAAGAGAAGCAAAGUUCGGUGGACGGGUACGCGAACACGUGGCAGGUGGAAAUACUCCAGUAAUGAAGAAAGUGAGAACUCGGACAGUGAAAAAAACUCGGAGGAGGAGGAAGAAGAAGAAGAAGAGGAGGAAGAAGAGGCUGCACCUGCUGAUGACGAUGAGCCGUGCAAGAAGUGUGGCCUUCCCAAUCACCCUGAGCUGAUUUUGUUGUGUGACUCUUGUGACAGCGGCUACCACACAGCCUGCCUUCGCCCUCCUUUGAUGAUAAUCCCUGACGGAGAGUGGUUCUGCCCACCUUGCCAGCACAAAUUACUCUGUGAGAAAUUAGAAGAACAAUUACAAGAUCUGGAUGUUGUCUUAAAAAAGAAGGAGCGCGCAGAACGCAGAAAAGAGCGAUUGGUGUAUGUGGGUAUCAGUAUUGAGAACAUCAUUCCACCUCAGGAGCCAGAAAUACCUGAAGGUCAGGAAGAAAAGAAGAAAGACUCUAAAAAGCCAAAAUCAAAGCUGCUUGAAAGGAGGUCUACCAGAACCCGAAAGUGCAUAAGCUACAGGUUUGAUGAAUUUGAUGAAGCAAUUGAUGAAGCAAUUGAAGACGAUAUCAAGGAGGCUGAUGGAGGAGGCAUUGGCAGAGGCAAAGACAUGUCAAAUAUCACAGGUCACCGUGGAAAAGACAUUUCCACAAUCCUAGAGGAAGAAAGGAAAGAAAACAAGCGACCGCAAAGGGCUGCUGCAGCACGACGCAAGAAACGACGGCGACUAAACGACUUGGACAGUGACAGUAACCUGGAUGAGGAAGAGAGUGAGGAUGAAUUCAAGAUCAGUGAUGGGUCUCAGGACGAGUUCGUUAUAUCAGAGGAAAAUCUGGAUGAGAGCGAAGAUGACCCACCAUCAAACGAAGACAGUGAUUCGGAGUUCUGUGCCCGCAUAUCCAGGCGACACCUCUCCAGGCCCAUGAGGCAAAGCAGGCGGUUACGAAGGAAAACAGUCAAGAAAAAAUAUUCUGAGGAUGAUGAAGAUGAAGAUUCUGAAGACAAUUCAAGCAGAGAAUCUGAGAGUGGUGAAUACACAGAUUACAGUGAUGAUGAUUACCUGGAAACUAGAAGGAGAAGAUCAAGACGGAAUCAGAAGAGACAAGUUAAUUAUAAGGAAGAUUCAGAAAGCGAUGGCUCACAGAAAAGUGUCCGAUAUGGGAAGGAGUUAAGAAGAGUUCAUAAACGCAGGCUCUCCACUUCAGACAGCGAAGAGAGCUACACAUCCAAGAACUCAGAAGAUGAUGAAUCUACGAAGGAGUCAAAGCGAUUGAUUCGGAAACGUCGGCGAAGUACAGACGGCUACUCUGAGGAAGAAGGCGAGGAUGAGGAAGAUGAAGGGAGGCCUGUCCGCAAACGGCUGAAUCGAAUCGAAACAGAUGACGAAGAUAACUGCGAAAAUGCUAAUGAUGACGCAGAAAACCCCGCUCCUGCAAAUAAGCUGCCAGCACCACAAGCUCCUCAAGACAACACCAAGAAGCACUGCUACCGGAUAGAAAGCGACGACGAAGAUGACUUUGAUAACGUAGGGAAAGUAGAGAGCCCUUUGGACUACAGCCUGGUGGACUUGCCUUCCACCAACGGACAGAGCCCAGGUAAAACCAUUGAGAACUUGAUUGGCAAGCCGAGCGAGAAGACCCAGGCCCCCAAGGACAGCACGGCCAGCGCCAGCCUGGCGCCCAACGGGACGGGGAGCGGGCAGGAAGUGGUAGGGCCGGAGGAAGAUGAAGAUGAACUCUUGAGAGUGACUGACCUUGUUGAUUACGUCUGUAACAGUGAACAAUUAUAAGACUUCCAUUUUUGUGCUAAUUUAUUCCACGGUAGCUCAUACCAGCGGGCCAGUUAUUAAAAGCUGUUUUAUUUUUCCUAGAAAAUUCUCCACUACAGUAUCACUUUUUAGAAGCAAGAAUUUCACCAGUCCUGCAGUCUUUCUGUGAAGUGACCAGUUUUGAACUUUGAAGAUGAAUUGCUGUAAAUUCCCUCUCUUACCCCCCCUUCUCCUUCCAAGUCCAUGGUCCUGGGUAAUUUCACUCACAAAAACCUUAUAACAACAAGAGAUUUGUAUAUUUUUGACUUUAUAUUUCCUGAGUGCAUACAAAUUUGUGGAAAUGGGUGGCCUAAGAAAGCAUUCCAAAUCGGUCAGGGCCCAAAUGGGAACUGGGGUGGGUUUGGCUCAAGGGGUGGGGGGAGUGUGCAGAAGCACUUGUGCUUUAGCUUUUUCAUAUGAGAUAUAUAUUAUAUUUAAAUGUUCACAACUUAGAUUACAACUUAACAGACAGUUAAAAAAAAAAUUAAUGUCUGUACUGUCGCAUUUUGUGAGUUGUAGGUUAACAUACCAUAGCUCAUUUUAGUAAUCACCUUCAUGGAAGCAGUUUGAUUUUAAUACUGGAGGCAAACAGAAUUAUUAGAGGCCAAGAAGGUACCAUAAACAAGAACUCUACUAUCCAUUAUGACUUGCAGACUUUCCUAAUAAACAUCCUUUAAAGUGUUUGUACAGUAAAGUGUACUGUAAUGAAGUUUUUGACAGUUGAAACACGCUAGCCAUGAAUUUAUAAAGCUGUCUCAUGCAUAGUUCAUCAGACAGUCUUCGAUGCACAGUGUCUAGUGGGAGGACGUAUCGAUGUGAACAGUCUGUAAGUUGGACGGCAUCUUGACGUGCUGCAAACUUUUACAGACAAAAGAACCCUGCGGCAGCUGCCUGGCCACUCGAGUUUCACCGUCUGUUGGAGUAUUCUGAAUGAAAUGCGUUUGUACGAACGGCAUUGACCACAGAAUGACAGUGCAUCAGAGGAGUGAGGGAUAUUCAAAUAAACCGUGACUGGUCCAUUCAUGUCCUUAAUAUCUACUUCAAAUUGAAGUAAACCAAUGGAACAGUUUUCCUUUUGGAGGUUUUCUGUUUGGGGUUUGUGUGUGUUUUUGUUUUGAUUUUACUUAUCUGCCUGGAUGUAUUAGCAGGUUUUGAAUGUAGUGUUGGCCUUUGGCCGUUAGAAUUUUCUUAAAAUACAUUUUAAUAAUUGUCAUGUGACCAACUGAUUUCAAGAAGGCAGUAUUUCUGAGAGAAAACGCUUGACUCCAAGACAUUUCAUCAACUUUUGAGUGGGCAUGAAAUGAUAACGUGCUUUUAUUCAAGAAAAAAAAAAAGAGACAACAAAAGGAGAAAAAAAAAAAAAAGAAAACCCAAGACGGGGCACAUAAAGAGCAGAGCUGAAAUUUGUUUUGGGUAGCAUUCAGUUUUCUCUUUCCUCUAAUGAAGAUGCAGGCUAUAGCGUUUGUAUGUGUUGUAGCACCCAGACAGCUCAAAUGGAUCUGCCAAACAUUGAAAUCCAAAAAGGUCACAUCUAUUAAUCCUUUUGCUCUGAGAUUUGGAUUUUUGACUGGUGUUUUAUGUCCAUUGCCGGCAAUGGAUGCACCAAAACUGCUGCUGCCACCGAGGAGUGAGUUCUCCUUCCCUGCCCCACCUGACUCCCUUCCAUUAUAUUGUAUUUACUGGUCAGUCAUUAAGCACUUCUGUUUUCUUGUAAUAAAACCGGCAUUAGGCCUUUACUAAAUACCUCUCUAGAAAACCUAGAUCCAAAAAUUGCCUACCUUCUGGCCUUGAUAGUCUUGUUUUUGUUUCCCCACAAGUUCUAUCAGAACCACUUCGUGACUUACUCAUUUGGGUUCUAGCAGUGCACAUAUCCUGCUAUAAAACUAGAAUCAGCAGAGCCGCAAAAAGAUGGAACUCGCUCCUAAUCUGCUGUGCUAAGCAAGCUUGUGAUUUAAAAAAAAAAUGAGAAAUCACUCUCUUUCUAAAUGAGAACUUAAUCUUCACUGGAAUUAAGUAUUUUUCCACCUUACUGAUGCUAAACAGUUUUCAUGAGCGGAUACUAAAACAGGGUAGCGAAAAGCCACAGAAGUUUAGAAUGAGUUCUUAAAAGCACAUGUAGCAUUUUAAGCUACUUUAGUGGGUUUUUUUUUCUUAGGUGAUGCAUAAAUGUAGUCCUUCUACACUUCUAAUAUAUUUGUGUUUUAAAACAAGCAAGAACAUACAGCUUCCACUUCUCAAUGUUAAUAAUUGCUGAGCAUUUUUAAUGCUUGCAGUGCAAACUGAUUCGCGUGCAGCAACACUGUGCAACCGAUGGUUUCUCAUUUGUUUUGGCAGUGCCAUAAUCGUUUUUGCUGCCUGAUGGAGCGUUUUAGUAUCUGAUCAGUGCUGUAGCAAACAUUCUGGCUUUGUAGAGUCAACCCCAAAUGUUAAAUACUUAGUGGGCAAGUAAUUGUGAAUGUAGGAGAGGAGUUACAGUACUGAAUGUAGCAACCAGGGAAAAACUGAGCACUGAGUUAGGGAGCGAUGUAAAAGCAGGAAAGCCCAGGAAGCUGAAUCGGAGCGUUGAAGCUUACGUCAGGAGCGCCGCGUUUUGAAAAUGCGGGAUGACAAGUUGUUACCAGAUUCUACUUUCUAUAGGUCACUUUUUCAAAAACGAUUUUCCUGUCUUCUAAGGAGUCACCUUCGGUACCUGAGACAGCUUCAUCCCCCAGGAUCCAGAGUUCCCCCAUAGACCAGUGAGAACGUUGUGCUAGUAAAAACUGCAAAAAAAUGCCCUAGAAAGACUUAAUGUUUUCAAACUCUUAUUUUUUCUCAUUUCUAAGGCUUCCUGCUUGCUGGAAAAUGUACGGUCUCCUAUUUGGAAAGACGACAUUUUCUGAGGUGAGGCCAGCUGACUGCCACGCAGGGUUCAUGCUCUUACAGUGUGUGUAUGUGAUUCCAGAGUGGAAAUGUCCUCCUGGUGUCCUUACAGUCUUGUGCCCUUCUGUACUCGUCGUGAGAUCAGGAGUUGAACGUCUUUGAAUAGUGAUCUUCAGGCGUGGCUUUGGACUAGCAGAAAGCUCAAACCGUAUGAGAAACAGAGUUAAAACUGGCCAGGGAUUAUUUUUUUAACAUAAUGGAUUUAAAAGUACAAGAACAAGCAGCUCUUGGCUGAACAUGUGAAGCAUUUAUUCAAUAAACUCUUGUUUAUUCCACACAGGUUGUCACUAGAAACUUUUAACUGCAAACUCUUCAGAGUAUAACUGAUGGAGAAGAAAGUGAAUUGAUGUUGAUGUACAGUUUCAGUAUCAUUGGUGAGGGGAAGAACCUAUAAAUCGAGUGGAGGAACACUUUUCUUGUGUCACCAAGAUAAACGAUGGCUAUUUGCUUUCUCGCGUGCAGCUCGUGUGACUAUUGGCGACACAAGGUGCACAGUAGGUCCGCUCUGUAGCUAAUGAACGUGGUGCGUUAAUCUAACCAGAAGGGUGGUAGAAUUAAGAACUCGGUUUCACCACAGUUGCUGUCUUCUAGUUAUUGAGUCUUUUAAACCUCAGCAUAUUCUUGAUUCAAAAAUGGAAAAUGACAUCACCAAACUACCAGAAAAGCCUUUUGUGUUGAAAUCUUGUAGGAAGAUCAGUGCUGAACAAUCAACUCUUGGAUAGUUUGACUUUAAUAUGUUGAAUUACAUUACAAAAUUACUGCAUCUGACUGAUUUUGAAGAAAAGAUCGCUCAGUUCUGACAGCACUUGAGAGAAACAUGCUUUUUUCUAAAUUGCUCAUUUAUCAAGUAUGUCACCUUCAAGAUUUCUGUGCAACGGUGUGUCUCAGUCACUCUUCACAUAGCGGGAGCUAAUGACUUAGCUGGACCUGUUUUCUGUUCGCUUCUGUUUCCAAAUUGCUGUGUCUGAACUCUUGGCGAGAGACCUUACUCAGAGAACCUCAAGGGUAAAACCUGUAUGUUCACAAAGAAAACCUGUAGGGUAGUGGUACACUUGUUCUGAUUUGUCUUCACAUCCAUCAUCUGAACUACGUUGGUGUCCAGAUGCUGCGACUGUUUAAUAAUUUUAAUAGUUCGUUGUCAGGGUGUCCAUUUUAUACCUCUCUUUUCAGGUGCUUGUAACUUAGUUUUCAAUGAUCUUCAGUAGGAAGGUCUGGUCUAAACUUGCAAAUAAUUGUUUCAUAUUACAUAUUUUCACAACCUUCUUUUAUGAAAAGUAAACAAGGAAUUUCUGUGGCACCUGCUUUUUUAAUUCACUUUGUACAUGGUGAUUUAAAUAAGUUAUGGCAGUAAUGCUAGCCCCCAGAACUGGUCUGACGAAGAGAUUUGUACCAUCUAGUUAAAAAUGGCAAUACGUAGGCCUUAAAUUGAUUUUGGUACAUGUGCAGUGACUACUAUUCACAAGCUUGUAACAUGGAGAUAAUGUGCAGCGCGCACCCUAGAUAUGUAUUUACAUUUGUCGUACGCUUCCGAUUCACUGGGUUUAUAAAAAUCCUUAAAUAUAUAAAUAUAUAUAUAUAUAAGGUCAAAUAUCUUCAACCAAACCAGUAACUUUCUGAAAAAAAAUUGUGUUGAAUAUGGUGGGGGAAACUCCAGCAAUUCAUGUGAAGGAGCACAAUUCUGCAGUUCCUUAAGCAUUUAAAACUUCUGUAGAAGCAUUUAGGAGAGCAUCUGAAGUAAGGAUUUGCAGGAUCAAGCCCACGUUUCCUGGUAGUCUUUUCUUCCUCCCCUUCCCUAACAGUUGGGGUAGGGACUAUAUCUCACUUAAUGUUGGAAGGCAGAAAAUCAAAACUCCAACAGAAAUGAUCCUUUUUUUUUUUUUCCAGUAUAUACUGAUGUAAGAAAAAUUCUAUAUGACUAAUUUUUGGUGCUUUACAGUUGAGUACCCAAUCUAAGACCUAGCGGAGAGAUCUGGCUUCAGAAGAAUUUAUCAGUUGAGAAUUAUUUCUGAAGCUAGGCACCCAGCAGUUGGGGUACUGAAGAUUACUAGUCGCUUCUGAAAACACGCAUCACUUACCAAGCUCUUAUUUUAGAUUAGGUGUAACUAACUGAGAUAGUUCCAAACAGCAAAAAGGUGUGCUUGGGAACUGAUUGUCCCAAUGCUUCAGAGUAAUUUAACUUAUUUUGUAUAUUGCAAAAGAUGUAUAUUGCUUAGUAUGACACUUAAAAAAAAAUUGUUGUACAGCUUCUGGGGGAAAAGAAUAGAACACUCUAAAGUAGAUAAGAAGUUUUUAUAAUUGAGUAUGUGGUGUAAAGGCUCCAGAUUUAACUGCAAUUAAAAGGAAGUCCUACAACUCGGGUUCUUGACUAUCAUUUUGUAAAUGCUGGCACCCCGCGCCUGAGCUGAGCAGCAGGAGAGGGGACACGUGCUUAAUGAAGGCACGCGUGCCUGCGAACCUAUCUACUAUUGCUACGUAUAACCCCAAAGGUUACUAACGAGAACUGAACGGUAGAGUCGCUCUGUUCGUUCAGUUGGUUUACUUUGUGCACUUUGCAGCACUUUGUGUAUAGUCAGUCUCACUGGUUCCCCAGGUGCAGACAGAGUCGCUUUCUCCUGCUGUUCGAAUGCUCUUUCGAAUAACAGCAGGAGAUGGGGAAUGGAUGGAGGGAAGCGGAAGGGAAAAACGUGUAUGCAAACCCAGGCCAUUUGCAAGACAGGCCUUGGACAGGCCUAAAAACUACUUCUGACUCGCCCUUUAAAGACUGUAUUUCCAAUGGAAGGUCUCCAUUUAGGAGAGUCAUCCCGCUACCCUCCUUUUCUCAUCCUGACCUUCGAAGUAACAGGGAAAUCUACUUGAGGUCUCUUUCCUUGAGGGAAUCGGUAACGUUCCAUCAGCGCAAUGCGGAUAUGGAGAAAAUUAGGAUCAGUCCAUAGAGUAUUAUGACAAUGUUUGCCUCUGGGGACGUUGGUCGGAGUCCGCACAGUUUGCUUUGUUGUUUGUUCCUCUUACUGUGUCCCACACAACUUAAACUUAGUCUGUCUGAAUUUGACAUAAAUGAUUCCAUGGGGAUAAAGUCCUUCUAAAACAUAUGAUAGGCCUAGUUACCAGUGCACCAUUUGUUAGGUAGAGCAGUUAAAAGUCCUUAAUAGAUACUAAUCUGCUACUCAAGUUAGUGGUAGAAAAGGAAAUCAAAUCAUAAAGCUAUAAGCCUUGUUUAGCUUUUCAUUUCAUACUCGUUAUAUGGACUCUAAACUCGUGUACAGUAUCUUAUUCCUAUACUAUAUUCAUUAAAAUGGUACUCCUCCCCCUAACCGGCAUUAAAUCGAUUUGUCAUUAAUGCCAGUGCUGUUGCUAGUUCCUCCCUGUGUUUCACAACCCUCCUCCAGCAGCCCGGAGAUGGUAUGUGACUGAUUGAAAAGCGUUAACGUCACCGUUCUCGGUAUGCACGACAGUUCUCACGUAGGCACAGAUCCUGUGUAUUAGACAAAGAUCGGGUAUAUUCCUUGUCCCAGGUAACAUAGAACAGGUUACUCGCUAGCAGAGUGGCUAUCCUCCGAUAUUCUGUGAGAAUUAGAUCAAAUCUGCCAGACAGGUCUCUUAAAAUUCAAGUACUUACAUGAAAUACAGUUUUUGUCUUAUUCCUGUGUGCUGUUUAUACAUUUGCAAAGAAACCUUGAGUUCCUUAAAAAUGGUCUCAUUCACAGUUGGCCUCAUUUUUGUUUUCUUUCUCUAAAGAGUUAAGGUGGUAAAGUUCCACAAGCUGAGCUCUUCAUGUAGAGCUUAACCCUUGUGUUUCUUGAGCCCUGAACCUUGGUUUUUCGACCUCUUUAAUCAUGACUUGCUAUGAUAUCAAAGGGAAAGGACUGAGGGGACGCACACUGUGUGUGUGUGUGGGGGGGAGAUAUGUUGGAAAAACUGGAAGUGUUAUUCUUGUUGCACAUAAACCGGGUGGUGCUUUCACUGUCUUCCCCCACACCCCCCACCCCAGUAAUAUCACGUGCGUGUAAAACAACGAUGCAUUAAACCCUUUUUAAAUGGAAGUCAUGGUGGCCUCAGUGCUCAAAGGGUUAACUGCAGUUUAUUAACAGCUAAUGUUUUUAGAUUUGCAGUACACAACUGUUUAAAUACUGUAUUCCUUGUAAAUGAAGUAAAAAAAUAAUGUUAAGGCUGGUGCCAAUAUUUUUGUUAAUGACUUGUUCAGCGUUGUCUCUCACUACAGUCUGGUCAGAACUCUUUGUGUAUAAGCUGGGCCUGAAGCCAUUUUAUAGCUUGUAGGCCUAAUUGUGUAACUUUUCUUUCAUAAUGUUUUUGUUAUAAUAUCUACUGUCAUUUCUUUCAUAUAAAUAUGACAUGUAAAUUGUCAUAAUAAAAAAAUUGAAAUAACUUGA